AGGAAGGUGCAGGGGCCUGGGAGCCGGGGCCCCCCAACCCCAAGGCAGUGGCACGGCGGAGGGGAAGGGCAGGGCUGGCCACCAUGGCGACGCUCUCCUCCCAGCCCCGGCGGCGCCCUCCCCUUUCGCGCCAGGCCAUCAAGAUAAGGCGCCGCAGGGUCAGAGAUCUGAAGGAUCCCCUGCCCCACAGGGCUCAGGAGAUCGAGCCUCCAUCCCACCACUUGUCCCCUGAGGAGCGGGCCCUGCUCUACGAGGAAGCUCUCUACACGGUCCUGUACCGCCUGGGUCAGCCCGAGCCCGCCCAUGUGGGGGAGUCCUCUGAGCUGCUUCGAUACCUGCAGGAGGCCUUCCGCAUGGAGCCCGAGGAGCACCAGCGGCUGCUGCGGCAGGUCCAGGAGCUCGAGAAACCAAUAUUCUGUCUGAAGGCCACGGUGAAACAAGCCAAGGGCAUUCUGGGCAAGGAUGUCAGUGGGUUCAGUGACCCCUACUGCCUGCUGGGCAUCGAGCAGGGGGUGGGUGUGCCGGGGGGCAGCCCUGGGCUCCAGCGACGGCAGAAGGCCGUGGUGAGGCACACCAUCCCAGAGGAGCAGAUCCACCGCACCCAGGUCAUCACCCAGACACUCAACCCCGUCUGGGACGAGACCUUCAUCCUGGAGUUUGAGGACAUAAGCAAUGCCAGCUUUCAUCUGGACAUGUGGGACAUGGACACCGUGGAGUCCGUCAGACAGAAGCUCGGGGAGCUCACAGAUCUGCACGGUCUGCGAAGGAUCUUUAAGGAGGUCCGGAAGGACAAAGGCCAGGAUGACUUUCUGGGGAACGUGGUUCUGAGACUACAGGACCUGCGCUGCCGGGAGGAUCAGUGGUACCCUCUGGAGCCUUGCACGGAGACCUACCCAGACCGUGGUCAGUGUCACCUCCAGUUCCAGUUCAUUCACAAGCGGAGAGCCACCGCGGCCAGCCGCUCGCAGCCCUGCUACACGGUGCACCUCCACCUGCUGCAGCAGCUCGUGUCCCACGAGGUCACCCAGCACCAGGCGGGCAGCACCUCCUGGGAUGGGUUGCUGAGCCCCCAGGCCGCCACCGUCCUCUUCCUCCACUCCACGCAGAAGGACCUGUCCGACUUCCACCGGUCCAUGGCGCAGUGGCUGGCCUACAGCCGUCUCUACCAGAGCCUGGAGUUCCCCAGCAGCUGCCUCCUGUACCCCAUCACCAGCAUCGAGUACCAGUGGAUCCAGGGCCGGCUCAAGGCAGAGCAGCUGGAGGAGUUGGCCGCCUCAUUCAGCUCCCUCCUGGCCUAUGGCCUCUCCCUCAUCCGGAGGUUCCGGUCUGUCUUCCCCCUCUCCGUCCCCGACUCCCCAGCCCGGCUGCAGUCUCUCCUCAGGGUCCUGGUACAGAUGUGCAAGAUGAAGGCCUUUGGAGAAGUGUGCCCCGAAAGCGGCCCCCUGCCCCGCCUGGUGACCGAGGCACUGCGGACCGGCACCACUGAAUGGUUCCACCUGAAGCAGCAGCACCAUCAGCCCAUGGUGCAGGGCAUGCUGGAGGCGGGCAAGGCCUUACUGAGCCUGGUACAAGACAUCACUGGCGACCUGCACCAGUGCCAGCGCACGUGGAACAAGAUCUUCCAUAAUGUCCUCAAGAUCGACCUCUUCUCCAUGGCUUUCCUGGAGCUGCAAUGGCUGGUGGCCAAGAGGGUGCAGGACCACAUUGCGGUGGUGAGCGGUGCCGUGACCCCGGAGAUGGGCGAAAGUCUGUUCCAGCUCUACAUCAGCCUCAAGGAGCUCUACCAGCUGGCCCCGGUCCCCUCGGAGAGGGAUGGCGUCCUGGCCCUGGAAGGCUUCCACCAGUGGUUCCAGCCGGCCAUCCCCUCCUGGCUGCAGAAGACGUACAGCGUGGCCCUGGCGCGGGUGCAGCGCGCCGUGCAGAUGGACGAGCUGGUGCCCCUGGGUGAACUGACCAAGCACAGCACGUCGGCUGUGGAUCUGUCCACCUGCUUUGCCCAGAUCAGCCACACUGCCCAGCAGCUGGACUGGCCUGACCCAGAGGAGGCCUUCAUGAUCACCGUCAAGUUUGUGGAGGACACCUGUCGGCUGGCCCUGGUGUACUGCAGCCUUAUAAAGGCCCGGGCCCGUGAGCUCUCUGCCGGCCAGAAGGACCAAGGCCAGGCAGCCAACAGGCUAUGUGUGGUGGUGAAUGACAUGGAGCAGCUGCGGCUGGUGAUCGGCAAGCUGCCCACCCAGCUGGCAUGGGAGGCGCUGGAGCAGCGGGUAGGGGCUGUGCUGGAGCAGGGGCAGCUGCAGAACACGCUGCAUGCCCAGCUGCAGGGCGCCCUGGCUGGGCUGGGCCAUGAGAUCCGCACUGGCGUCCGCACCUUGGCCGAGCAGCUGGAGGUGGGCAUUGCCAAGCACAUCCAGAAACUCGUGGGCAUCAAGGAAUCCGUCCUGCCUGAGGAUGCCAUUCUGCCCCUGAUGAAGUUCCUGGAGGUGAAGCUCUGCUACAUGAACACCAACUUGGUGCAGGAGAACUUCAGCAGCCUUCUGACCCUGCUCUGGACCCACACACUCACGGUGCUGGCGGAGGUGGCCGCUUCCCAGCGGAGCUGCCCUCUGGCUUCUAAAAGGCUGAAGAUCGCACUACAGAACCUGGAGAUCUGCUUCUAUGCAGAGGGCUGUGGCCUGCCGCCCGAGGCCCUGCACACGGCCACCUUCCAGGCUCUGCAGAGGGGCCUGGAGCUGCAGGCGGCCUCCAGCCGGGAGCUCAUCCAGAAGUACUUUUGCAGCCGCAUCCAGCAGCAGGCAGAGACCACCUCCGAGGAGCUCGGGGCCGUCACGGUCAAGGCCUCCUACCGCGCCUCCGAGCAGAAGCUGCACGUGGAGCUGCUCAGCGCCUCCAGCCUGCUGCCCCUGGACUCCAAUGGCUCCAGCGACCCCUUUGUCCAGCUGACCUUGGAGCCCAGGCACGAGUUCCCUGAGCUGGCCCCCCGAGAGACCCAAAAGCACAAGAAGGACCUUCAUCCACUGUUCGAUGAGACCUUUGAAUUCCUGGUGCCUGCUGAGCCGUGCCAGAAGGAUGGGGCGUGCCUUCUCCUCACCGUGCUGGACCACGACACGCUGGGGGCUGACGACCUUGAAGGGGAGGCCUUCCUGCCGCUGCGCUCGGUGCCGGGCCUGACGGGGACUGAGGAGCCCGGCGACGUGCCUCAGACCCGCCUGCCCCUCACCUACCCUGCACCCAACGCCAGGAUGUUCUAGAACCAAACGGAUUUAAGAGAGUCUAUCCUCCAAGCAACACAAGUGCACCUACGUGACCAACGUCGUCCUGUGCGGAGAUACGAGGCUCUCUGCCCUGUCCUGGAGGCGAGGACUUGGGAUCCCUGCUGAGGCAACCCUGGCCAGCAGCAAGCUCCACCUGUGCUUCUCCUCCCGCUCGGGCGGCAUUUCCUCUCGUGGAGAGGAGCCACUUCCUCGGGGAGCCCCACCCAGGUUAGGUCCCUCUAUGAUUCUGAAUCGCGGCGCCCAGCCUGUCGCCUCCACACGACAGUGAUGGUCUCUAAGUGUGAUGUAAUGCCCGGGCGCCUCUGCCUCUCCCAAGAGACCACGGCUCCACGGCAGCAGGGGCUGCUGAGCCCACCUUGUGUCCGUAACUAUGUGCGGAAGGAAGGAGCGCGUGGCCAGUAAGCAGGGCUGCAGUCAAGAUGCCUCCAGAACAUGGGCAAGCCAGACAAACCUAACACUAAGCAUCUGAAGCUGCAGCAUCAACAUCAACGGUGAAGGUGCUGCCCUGAUCUUCAGAGAGAUCAGGGAAGGACCCAAACCCAGUCAGAAUGUCAAAGGGCAGCUCAGAGGCUCAGGCUCGGCGUGACCAGGAUGCCAGCGCCCUCAGGGAGGGUGUUUCUGAUCUCCUUGAACAGCUGCUGGGGGAGGGGAAGUAAGAGUAGCAGCUGCUGCUGAACGAGAGGCAGCAGGUUGGGCGUCUGCUGCUUUACGUCUGUUACCUCAGCAGACGUUCGCACCGGCCCCGCGCACACACGCAGGUCUCCACCUGCGCUUCUAGACCCUCUGUGCUGACGUGCCCUCCAGAGCCCCUGGUCCACACAGUUCUAACGCUGGGUUCAGCAAACAGCCUUUGGGGCUACAGCUGGGUCCGCGUGGUGCUUCUGCUGGACAGGGAGGCCGCCCUGCGCCAGGGCUGAGCCUGUUAGGACCUCUCCCUUGGCCCCCAGGAGCUCUGGGCGACUAGGCAGAGCCGCCACACUGGCACGGAGAGCAGACCUAGGCCCUGGCAACUCUGAGGCCACGCUUCUCACUGUGCACUGGCCCGGGGCCUAGCACUUCACUCAUGUUAUUUCAUUUAAGCCUCACAACCACCACACGAGGUGCGUGCUGCCGUUAUAUUAUACCCAUUUCACAGAGGAAACUAAGGCAGAGAGGCUAAGUCACUUGUCCAGGUUCACACAGCUCAGAGAAUCGUGGAACCGGGGCCUGACUCGCCUCCGUGCCCAGAGCCCCUACUCUAACCUCCACUCCGCACUACCUCUAGCCGUGGACAAAACGGCCAAAGGCACUUUCCAAAAGCCCAGAUUCCUGCCCCAGGCCUUAGAGAGCCAUACCCGCUCUUACCCAAAGAUCCAUGUGAUGCUGAGGUCCCCAAAAACGUGUUUUCUGACUGGCUCAGGUGGCCCUGGGGCUGCUGCAGGAAAUGCGAGGAGAGGCUGACAGGAGGGGAGGGGGACGCCGAGUGGAAGGAAGCGGAGCUGCUCAAGGAGCCUGGGAUGCUCACGGGUGCGGAGCUCUGCAGCAAGCUGCCGCCUGCAAGAGAGGCCCAGGAGCGUGGCCGAGUGAGGGCUGGGCAAGCCAUGCGCGGCCACACGGAGCAGGGCAUGGCUCGUCUGCCCACCCCCUGGGCCAGGCUGGACCCCAGGGGCCCUCCCAAGCCAUCCUGCCCACCCAUGCCCAGUACCGAUUGUGAUGCUGCCGGGGUGGGGCACCGUGCUGGUGUCGAAAGUCUUCUCCAGGGCAGCUACCCCAAACUCGUUCAGGUCCAGGUCAUCCAGGGCAGACUCUAGAGACGCAGUGAUCGGAGUAUGAGCCUCCCAGCCUCCCGAGGGGCCACAGUCCCGAGGUUCCAGGCCUCACCUCCUGGACCACCUGCCCUUUACUGCCUCUACUCCUGCCCCUGCCUCAUCUUCGAGCUCAGUCCCACUGGAGCCGUGCUCGCUCAAGCCUCUGCUUGUGCCUGGGCUGCCCCUCUGCCAACACCGAUCCCCUAGCCAAGUCCCGCUCAAAUGGCUCUCCUUUCGGAAGCCUUCUUCGAUACCCCCGGGGGAAAUGAGUUCUAAUCCAGCUGACGUCUUGUCCCCUGAUGUUGCAGCUUGUAUGUCUCACCCCUGAGCUCACUGAGGGCAGGCAGGUCUCUGGACCCUCAGUGGCUAGUGCACAGUAGUUGCCCAACAAAUGUCCACUGCGCUCUGAGGAACUGGACUGGGAGGGCAGAACAGCAUGUCUUCACCUCUGUCACCCCAGUGCCUGCAAUACGACCUAGCACAAAGUGGCACCCAUAAAUGACUGCUGAAAGAGAAGGGCAGUGGCUUCUCACGACCAGCUGUGCAGGCUGCUCACAAGGAUACCUAGUGGGGGUUGCGUGACACACGUCGUGGAAUGAGACCGCACGUACCCAUGGGAAGAGCCACCUCUUUCUAAUCUGCACAAAAGAGCAAAUCGGAGGGCUAAUUUGCUAUAAAGGCUAGUCUUGGCCCUACACCUUGGGCUCAUGUUCCAUUUAGGUCAAAGGGCUCAGAAUGCCCACCCUCUGACUCUCCCAAGACAGAUGUCUAAAGUGACCAGUAUGCUGGUUUGAGUCUCACUCCAGAGACCUAGUAUCUCUGACUCCAGACCUGCUCCUAUUUUAAAUGAUAGACUUAGCAACAGAAAUGGCCCAAUUACCUAUGACCGACUCUACCGUGUCGCUGGUGGGGUAGAAGGGUAGAGCAUUUGCAUUCAUGCCAGGAACACUGCUGGUGCCGGCGGGGCUAGGGGGAGUAGCUGCUAGGCUGGAGGUGAUACUAGAAGAGAUGCUUGAGGUCAGAGGGCUGCCCACAGGGAGGAUGCCCAGCACGUCCUGCAACGAGAGAGUGAAGGAGAGACACAGUGGGAGGGCUGCCCGCGGGCGGGGGCAGGAGGGGAGGGUGCAUCCCCACAGUGGGAGGGCUGCCUGCGGGCGGGGGCUGGAG